AGGAAAUCUCACCCGUCCGACUCACUACUAUUCGUCACCUUUUCCUUUAUAUACUCGAUGGUGGCGGCAAGUAGUAGCUCAUCACCGAGCCAACAUCCCAUCAAAAAUAAAGCAUCCACAAGGGUUAACACAAGAGGGAGAAACAAAGAGACACAGAGAAGGCCGAGGAUGCUGACAUUCACUGCUGCACUCCGGCAUGUUCCAGUGCUCGACCAGCCGACGGCCGAGCCAUGGCGGCGACUUUCCCUGCACCUGCACUCUCAGCGUCGACCAUGUGGGUUGGUGCUAAUUAGCAAAUCCCCAUCCUAUCCGGAGGUAGAUUUGGGUGAAUGGAAAGUUGAUGAGUACAGACAACGCACGGAUGAACCGAGCGAGAUGCGACAGAUGAUCGAUGCCAUAAGAACGGCCCUGGCGUCAUUGGGUGAUGAUGAGACGUCAAUGAGUGUUUCAGCCUACGACACAGCGUUGGUCGCCCUUGUCAAGAACCUUGACGGAGGCGAUGGACCGCAAUUUCCCUCAUGCAUCGACUGGAUUGUUCAAAAUCAACUACCAGAUGGUUCGUGGGGUGAUCCUGCUUUCUUCAUGGUCCAAGAUCGGAUGAUCAGCACCCUGGCAUGUGUGGUGGCAGUGAAGUCUUGGAACAUUGACAGCGACAACUUGUGUGACAGGGGUGUGUUAUUUAUCAAAGAAAAUAUGAGCAGGUUGGUAGAAGAGGAACAGGACUGGAUGCCAUGCGGCUUUGAGAUUAACUUCCCAGCACUCCUAGAGAAGGCCAAGGACCUGGACUUGGACAUCCCUUAUGAUGACCCUGUUUUGGAAGAGAUAUAUGCCAAGAGGAAUCUGAAGCUCUCUAAGAUACCUCUGGAUGUGCUGCACGCCAUACCAACGACCCUACUCUUCAGCGUGGAGGGAAUGGUAGAUUUACCACUGGACUGGGAAACGCUACUCCGAUUGCGGUGUCCGGAUGGCUCCUUCCAUUCCUCACCUGCUGCCACAGCUGCUGCCCUCAGUCACACCGGUGACAAGGAAUGCCAUGCGUUCCUGGAUAGGCUCAUCCAAAAGUUCGAGGGGGGAGUGCCAUGUAGCCACUCAAUGGACACUUUUGAGCAAUUAUGGGUGGUCGAUCGGCUGAUGCGUCUGGGGAUAUCAAGGCACUUCACAAGUGAAAUUCAGCAGUGCUUAGAGUUUAUUUACAGGCGCUGGACUCAAAAGGGACUGGCUCACAACAUGCACUGCCCAAUCCCGGAUAUUGAUGACACGGCCAUGGGUUUCCGUCUCCUCCGUCAGCAUGGCUACGACAUCACUCCAUCUGUGUUUAAGCACUUUGAGAAGGAUGGCAAGUUCGUCUGCUUCCCAAUGGAGACCAACCACGCUUCUGUUACCCCAAUGCACAACACUUACCGUGCAUCUCAGUUCAUGUUCCCUGGUGACGACGACGUCCUGGCUAGGGCCGGCCGCUAUUGCCGUGAAUUCCUUCAAGAGAGACAAUCCUCCAACAAGCUGUACGACAAGUGGAUCAUCACCAAGGACCUGCCGGGCGAGGUCGGGUACACGCUAAACUUCCCAUGGAAAGCAAGUUUGCCGCGAAUUGAAACAAGGAUGUAUCUGGAUCAGUAUGGUGGCAACAAUGAUGUUUGGAUUGCCAAUGUCCUUUACAGAAUGAAUCUUGUGAGCAACGACCUGUACCUUAAAAUGGCUAAGGCUGAUUUCAGAGAAUAUCAAAGACUCUCCCGAAUUGAAUGGAAUGGCCUCAGAAAGUGGUAUUUCAGGAACCAUCUGCAGAGGUAUGGUGCGACUCCAAAGAGUGCGCUGAAGGCUUACUUCUUAGCUUCAGCAAAUAUCUUCGAACCCGGCCGAGCAGCAGAACGUCUAGCAUGGGCUCGCAUGGCGGUGCUUGCUGAGGCGGUUACAACUCACUUCCGACACAUUGGGGGUCCAUGCUAUUCAACAGAGAAUCUUGAAGAGCUUAUCGACCUUGUUUCGUUUGAUGAUGUUUCCGGCGGCCUUCGUGAAGCGUGGAAGCAGUGGCUUAUGGCAUGGACUGCAAAGGAGAGCCAUGGAUCCGUUGAUGGAGAUACAGCAUUGUUGUUCGUCCGCACCAUCGAGAUCUGCUCAGGAAGGAUUGUUUCAGCCGAGCAGAAACUGAACCUUUGGCAUUAUUCCCAGCUCGAGCAGCUCACCUCUUCCAUCUGCCACAAGCUUGCCACAAUAGGUCUUUCUCAGAAUGAGGCAAGUAUGGAGAACACAGAGGACUUACACCGGCAAGUGGAUUUGGAGAUGCAAGAACUAUCUUGGCGUGUUCAUCAGGGUUGCCAUGGCAUCAAUAGAGAGACCAGACAGACAUUUCUCAAUGUGGUGAAAAGCUUCUAUUACUCGGCUCAUUGCUCACCUGAAACAGUUGAUAGCCACAUCGCAAAGGUCAUAUUUCAGGAUGUUAUUUAGGAAGAACCCUCUUUCUUUCUUUUUUUGACAUGAGGAAGCACCCUCUUUUGUCCAUGUUAGAAUUAUUAAGCACGAUUUGUGCUGGGUUCCGGCAUGU